AUGAGCACGACGGAUUUGGUCUUUGUGACCACCACAGGAAGGCCAGGCCUGUCGAGAGCCGAUACAAAGCUCAUGCGAGGCCAUGUAACCCGAAGCAACUUUGCAAAACGACGACGGCGAAGGGCAGAGCUCCAGAGGGCGGAGCAUGAGCUAUGCCACACCGAAGACAGACUUGAACCCCCAGUUUUGAAGACGCAGAAAUAUUCGAUUGGCGGGGAGAAGUUCCGUAAGGAUAGCCCUUCUCCCAAGAGCCGGAUUAACAUGUCCGACUUCUGGUCACACUUCUUUCUUCACGGAGAGACCUACCCCGCUAGCUCCCAAGAGGGAGCGUGGCUGCAGCUGCUCGUCUCAGAGGCGGCACUCGCCCAAGUUUCUCUGUCCAUCGGUUUCCGGAUCUGGUCGCCCAAUGCAGCGUAUCAGAAGGAGGCUUUGGCCUGCUCUUCCUCCGCCUUGAGCAUCAUCAUGAAUCGCAUCGCGACGGAGCAGGCCCUCACAGACGCCGUGAUGGCAGCGGUUCUGCAUAUGGCCGUCGGGGAGCGAUUCGGUCUGGACGAUGAAGCCUGGCACGUUCACAUUGGUGGUCUGGCUCAGCUCAUUACCGCAAGAGCGCAGCGAGGUCAAACUGAUUUGCCAGUCUGGUUUAGUAACAUGAUCAUCUUCGAUGCGAUCAACGCCGUGUUCGGCUUCCCUCUGUGCUGCGAUAAGCGACUACUAGAUGCAGUCCAGCCGUACGGCAUCCCCGCCAUCACAAAGGUUGCGGAUAUGACCCAGCAUCUCUUGCACCUUCGCGACUUGAUCACAGCUUACCACCACGAAAGAUCUCCCUUCAAGAACGAAAUCGACCAAAAGUGGGCGCACCUUCUCCACGAAGCGCGAGAGCUCCGCCGCUCAGUCCCAGAAAACCCCUACGUCGUCGCCACGUCCCUCUCCGCCGAGAUCCUCCUCUGGCUGUGCUGGGAGAAUCAGCUCACCCCUGGCGGGCUGACACAGCUCGCGGGCGAGCUCCGGCAAGCAAUAUGCCGGUUCCCCUUCAGGCCAUGUUCCUUCACCGAGAUGGUUUCGUGUCCGAUGAUGCUAGGCGCCAUCGCUGCUCGCCCGGGCUCCGAGACGAGGGCGUGGUUCGUCGGGAGGUUACGGAGGAGUGUGGCAGCGGCAAAGUCGAGGGCUUGGGCACGGCCACUAGACAUGGUGGAGAAGAAGGUUUGUACUGGGAUGGUCGGCGGGGGGAGGUUUGAGGAGCUGUGGAGAGAGCUGGGUGCGGAUUUAUAG